UCCCGCACGGCCAGGGCGAGACUCCCCCCCCCCCCCCCUUUUUUUUUUCUGCCAACGUCUAUCUCAACGCGCGCGCACAUACGGAGAUUGUGCGGCUUUUUCUCCCCUUUGGGAGAAAAAACGAGGAGAGUAAAAGAAGAAAGCAAAGCGAAGAACUCCUCCUUGGCGGGUCCGCACUCUGUCGCGGCCGGUCGGGCGCGGGGACGCGGCCGCCACCCGCCCGCUCUCUCCCGGCCCUGCGGCGUGUGCCGGCGGGAGAGCCAGCGAGGACGCCCGCGCCGGGGACGCGGCGAGACUUUUAGGCGCUCGAGCCCGCAUCGCCGCCGCCGCGCAGCCAGAAGACACCGGGGCGAGGAGGGCCCUGCCGCCGCCUCGCCUACCUCGUCCGGCGCCCCGCGCCCCGCCGGCCAGCGCACGCGGGCGGAGGGAGGCGGGCGGCGAGGAGGCGGGCGGAGCAGAGGCCCCGGCGGAGCGCGCAGCGGCCGGCCCGCCCGCCCGCCCGCCGGUGGAUGCGGCGCCCGGGGAGCCUGGAGACAACUUUGCCGUGUGACGCGCAGGGAGGACUGCAGGGCCCGCGGCCCGGGGCUCCGCGCCGCCUCUGAGCGGGCCCGUGCUCCCCGGCGCUCCCGGCACCGCGCUCGCUCCGCUCCGCCGCCCGCCCGCCGGCCCGCGGCGAGGACGACCCGCCCGUCGCCGCCGCCGGCGGCCCUUCCUCGGCGCGAGGGCGAGGCGCUCAGGUGCGAGCGCGGGGCCCCGCCGCAGCGCCGCGCCAAGCCGCGGCAGGCUCCGCUCCGGGGGCCCGGGCGCCUUCGCUUCCGUCUCGGCCAAGUUGCGUCGACCGGCCCUUUCGCCACCUUCCCCGCUCGGCGACCGAGCCGCCGCUGCCGCCGCUUUCGCUUCACCCGAGCGGGGGCUGCGGGGCCCCGACGCGGAGAGGAUGGGGAGAAGGCUGCGGAUGCCGAGGCGCCCCGAGACGCCCGUGCGCCAGUGACCCUUCGGCCCCCGCCUAGCCCCGCGCACCUCUCCGGCACCCGCGGCCCGCGGCGCCCCUUCCCCGCCGCGCGGGAACCCCCGCGGCCCGGCCGGCCCCCUCCCCCUGUGAGCCGGCGGCGGCCCUCCCGGCGGGCGGGCGGAGGCCCGGGCGGGCGCGGGCGCGGGCGGGGGCGGGGCGGGGCGGCGCGCCGGGAGCCCGGAGCCCGGCCCUGCGCUCGGCUCGGCUCGCCUCGCGGCGGGCGCCCUCGUCGCCAGCGGCGCACCAUGGACGGGCUGCCCGGUCGGGCGCUGGGGGCUGCCUGCCUUUUGCUGCUGGCGGCCGGCUGGCUGGGGCCCGAGGCCUGGGGCUCGCCCACGCCCCCGCCGUCGCCCGCCGCGCCGCCGCCGCCCCCGCCGCCCGGAGCUCCCGGCGGCUCGCAGGACACCUGCACGUCGUGCGGCGGCUUCCGGCGGCCCGAGGAGCUGGGCCGGGUGGACGGCGAUUUCCUGGAGGCGGUGAAGCGGCACAUCUUGAAUCGCCUGCAGAUGCGGGGCCGGCCCAACAUCACACACGCCGUGCCCAAGGCCGCCAUGGUCACGGCCCUGCGGAAGCUGCACGCGGGCAAGGUGCGCGAGGACGGCCGGGUGGAGAUCCCGCACCUCGACGGCCACGCCAGCCCGGGCGCCGACGGCCAGGAGCGCGUCUCCGAGAUCAUCAGCUUCGCGGAGACAGAUGGCCUGGCUUCCUCCCGGGUCCGCCUGUACUUCUUCAUCUCCAACGAGGGCAACCAGAACCUGUUCGUGGUGCAGGCCAGCCUGUGGCUCUACCUGAAGCUGCUGCCCUACGUGCUGGAGAAGGGCGGCCGGCGGAAGGUGCGGGUCAAGGUGUACUUCCAGGAGCAGGGCCCCGGCGAGCGCUGGGCCGCGGUGGAGAAGCGCGUGGACCUCAAGCGCAGCGGCUGGCACACCUUCCCGCUCACCGAGCCCAUCCAGGCCCUGUUCGCGCGGGGCGAGCGGCGGCUCAGCCUGGACGUGCAGUGCGACGGCUGCCGGGAGCUGGCCGUGGCGCCCGUGUUCGUGCACCCGGGCGAGGAGUCGCACCGGCCCUUCGUGGUGGUGCAGGCGCGGUUGGGCGACAGCCGGCACCGCAUCCGCAAGCGGGGCCUGGAGUGCGACGGCCGGACCAACCUGUGCUGCCGGCAGCAGUUCUUCAUCGACUUCCGCCUCAUCGGCUGGAACGACUGGAUCAUUGCGCCCACCGGCUACUACGGGAACUACUGCGAGGGCAGCUGCCCGGCCUACCUGGCAGGGGUGCCCGGCUCGGCCUCGUCCUUCCACACGGCCGUGGUGAACCAGUACCGCAUGCGGGGCCUGAACCCGGGCACCGUGAACUCCUGCUGCAUCCCCACCAAGCUGAGCACCAUGUCCAUGCUCUACUUCGACGACGAGUACAACAUCGUCAAGCGGGACGUGCCGAACAUGAUCGUGGAGGAGUGCGGCUGCGCCUGAGGGCGGGGCUCAGAUGGUCCCGCGGCGGGGGGCACGCCGUGCGCGGCAGGGGGGGCGUGGCGGUGCCGCUGGGCUGCCCGGGAGGUGCCCGGGGGAGGCCUGAGAGAUUUUCCUGCCUCUUCAUCCAGCCGUCAGUCAAA